UAAGAAUUGGAGAAGAUAGGAUCUCAAAUCUCCUCUCUUUCCACUUAAAAUGCUAAAUUACCUCUUCACUUUCUCAGUUUAACCUUUAUCUCCUCUCUUAAAGUGUCUCUCUCUCUCUCUCUCUCUCUCUCUCUCUCUCUCUCUCUCUCUCUCUCUCUCUCCUUGAAGAUCUAGAGAACAUGAAGUUCUCUCUUCCUCACCACAAGAGAGAGAAGCACUGGCACAUAAGCCCAGGAAGGCUAGGGUUAUUUUCCCUGUCAUCAGUCUGUCUUACAUCUCUUCUCAUCAUCUUCUUCAUCUUCUAUCCUUCAAACCCUUCUAGGGUUGGAACCCAACAGGAUCUGAUCAAUCAAAAAAACCUCCUCAAUAGACCUAAGAUUAUGGAUGCAGGUGGGGGUGAAGAAGAGGAGGAGGAGUACUGUGACUUGUUCAAGGGAAGAUGGAUUCAGGACCUGAAAGGAUCACUUUAUACCAACUGGAGUUGCAGAACUUUACCAGAUUCUAAGAACUGUGGGAAGCAUGGGAGGAAGGACAAAGAUUACCUUCAAUGGAGAUGGAAACCCAAUGAGUGUGAACUCCCUAGAUUCGACCCAAAGACCUUCUUCAGAAUUGUUCAUGGCAAGAAACUAGCCUUCAUAGGGGACUCAGUUGCUCGCAAUCAAAUGGAAUCUCUUCUCUGCCUCCUCUCACUUGAGGAGACCCCAACAGACAUUUACAAAGACUCCGAAGACCGAUUCCGGACGUGGUACUUCCCCUCACACGAUUUUACUCUCUUCAUUUUCUGGUCUAAGUUCCUGGUGGUCGGAGAGGAGAGAGUAAUCAAUGGAUCACUCUCCGGCGAGUUCGACUUACACCUAGACAUGAUUGACAACAAUUGGGCUAGUAAACUUCAUGGCGUGGACUAUGCAAUCAUAUCUGAUGCUCACUGGUUCUUCCGGAAGAACUAUCUCUAUGAAGGUGGCAAGCUUGUUGGUUGUGUGUUCUGCAAUGAACCAAACAUCACUGAUCAUGGCUUGAAUUUCGCACUCCGAAAGGUUUUUCGAUCUGUACUGCAGUACCUCAACAAUUGUAAGGAGUGUAAGGUUCUACUUGCCUUGGUAAGAACUUUCUCACCAGCUCAUUUUGAGAAUGGAACAUGGAAUGAUGGAGGGAACUGCAAUAGAACAAGACCAUUGAUGGAGGAAGAAGCAAACUUGGUUGGCACAGAAUGGGAACUCAGAAGCAUCCAAGUAGAAGAAGUUGAGAGAGCAAGAAAGAAGGGAGAGAAGAGGACCAAGUUUGUGGCUUUGGAUGUGACAAGAGCCAUGUUGAUGAGGCCUGAUGGACAUCCAGGGACCCAUUGGAACAACCAAUGGAUGUUGGAUUACAAUGAUUGUGUUCAUUGGUGCUUGCCUGGACCAAUUGACUCAUGGAAUGAUUUGUUGCUGGCUGUGCUGAGCAGGGAGAUGAAGGAGAAUGGUGGUUCAUUCAUGAAAUUAGUCAUAUAACCAUACAUGAUUUUGAUAAUUUAUAGAGAAAACAGAAUCCUCAUUCAUUUAAUGGUGGUGGAACAAUUGAUUUGUCUUGAUCAGAUUCUUCAA